CUACAAUAAAAGGUGAAUAUAUAAAUGAACAAGAAAUAAAUUCAAUUUAAUUCAUAAUUUUGAUACAUACAAUAAGUUUUACAUUUAGUAACUGAACUAAUUCCAUCAUGAUUCAUUCUGUCUUCAUUUUAUUGUUGGUUGUACAAACUGCGAUUUUUUCAGUUGAAUCAAACAAAAUAAAUUUAGUUGCUAAGAAAAAUAUUGAUGACAAUUCAACAUUAGCUGAAUGUGAUACAUGCUUAGCAGGGAUGAAUUUAGUUCACUACAUUCUUUCAGAAAAUUAUUGGGUAGAGAUUUAUAUGAUUGCAGCACAACAAUUAUGUCAGUCUAUUCCAUCAGAAAGUCUAAGAAACACUUGCCUGAAAUAUGUGAAUAAUUACCUUAAUAAUACUUUGAAAAUACUGGCUACAGCAGUGAAUCCUGAUUACAUUUGCAAGGCAUUACAAGCUUGUACAAAUGAUACAAAUUCUCUAACUACUCGAAACAUCGGAGAUAAUAUAUUUUGUGAAGAAUGUAAAUUUGUUUAUAGUAGAAUACAAAGUAUUUUUACUGAUCACACAGAAAUUAAACAAUUGAAAUCUUCACUGAAAGUAAUAUGUAUACUUUAUGCUCCAAACGAAUCAGAAUGUAAUGAAGUUCUUCAAGAAUAUAUAGAUUAUGCGAUUACGUAUUUUCAACAACAUACAGCAGAUGAAUCAUGUUAUACACUUUGCUCUUUUCUAAAACUUUACAAACUUAUCUUCCAUUAACUGGAUGUUACGUAUGAUUGAAAAUUACAGAAUUGAUUAUUUUGUGUUUUUUUGUAACUGGGUUUCCUAAUUUUAAAAAAAUUGUAUGUUAUCUUUCUUUUCUCUCUCUACUUUUGAUGUUCUUCUAAGUUGUUACCUAAUAUUGAGUCUAUAAACGUUCACCUUUUAUAAAUCACAUUCUUUAAUUUGAAACAUUUAAAUAAACUAAACUUAAGUAUCAUACAAUAAUCAUUUUCAUUUUCAUAUUGUUAUUGUUUUUCUAAAUAAAAAGUUUAAAAAUAAUUUUAUGUAUUUUGUAGAAUGAAAUAACAUUAAAAGAAAAAGAAAUGAUAAAAUAUUAUAGACUAUCAGUUAAAUAAGACAGUAUCAUUGGACUUGAACUCUUUUCUAUAUUAGAAUGAGUUUUGUGGAGAAUUUAGGAAAUUUCACAGGUUGAAAUCACCGUUGGAUGCCAGCUCAGUGGUCUAAUGGUUAAGUACUUGCGCGCGAAGCCAGUAGGUCCUGGGUUUGAGCCCUGCGUGAUGCGGGAUCGUGGAUGUGCACUGCUGAGGAGUACCGUACUAGGACGAAACGCCGUCUUCCAUGGUGGUCUAGCUUCAAUUGACUCAUGAUUUCAAUCUUUUCUGUAUUGUUCAAUUAGUCGAAACUGUAAAUAAGGUCUCGUUGUCAUGACAACUAAACUAUAAAUAAUUUACUAAAAAAACACUACUUUUUUGAAGUAGAAAUGUAUAAGCAUUAAAAAAACUGAAAAUAAUUACAACGCAG